UCUAUAUUGACUGACAUAGCUGAACUCCUCUACCACGCAGGUGGGGAGUCUUUCUUGUGUUUAAUCCAAGAAAUUCAACGAAGACCUGAGCGGCUGAGCAGAGGGCCCACAGUGCACCUUUACCAACAUGGGGGCGGUGGUAUCCCGAUGGAGGGCCAAGCCGUCCACCGUAGAAGUUUUGGAAGGACUUGAGAAGGACAUCCAGAGCCUUGAGGAGGACCGGGAGAAGAAUCAGAAAAUGCUGAAGUUAUGGGUGUGGAGACUGAUGUUGUACUCCUGCCUCCUCUACCUGAUAUGCUGUGUAAUCGUGUAUGUUUGGUACCUGCCAGAGCAAACCAUUGGACGGCUAAUAGUAGCCUCACCCUUUUUAAUAUUCCCAGUACUAGUCUGGUUAUUGAGGAAGCUGUUGAUCGCUUUGUUUUCAAAACGGACAGAACGAAACAAUGAAAAAUUAGAGGAGCUGAAGUCACAAAAAAGAAAAAUACUCGAACAGGUUAUGGAAACCGAAACCUACAAAAAUGCUAAACUCAUCCUGGAAAGGUUCGACCCCGACUCCAAGAAAAAAGUUGAGCUGGAGGCCACACCUGGGCCACACAUGACGCCGAGACACGGCCAAGAGCUGCGUCAGAGACAUGUGACUCCACGUCCCCCGGUCGCCACGGGGACCCCGACGGCGGCGGCUCGCCCCCCCCAGGGCCCCGCCCCUCACUCCGCCCCCGGAGGGCCUCCGGAGAGGGGCCUUUCUGCCGCCGCCGCAGCCAAUCAGAGCAUCACGAGGAGGUCGGUCACGCCCACCGCUACCCCGGUGCCUGGCAUGGGAAUGCACCCUCCUGGUCCUCCGCUUGUCAGACCCAUCCUGCCUCGGGAGAGAGGUGCUAUGGACAGGGUUCUGGAAUACCUCGUUGGCGAUGGUCCACAGAACAGAUAUGCCCUCAUAUGCCAGCAGUGUGUGUCCCAUAACGGCAUGGCGUUGAAAGAGGAAUUUGAAUACGUUGCUUUCAGGUGCGCCUACUGUUACUUCCUGAAUCCCGCCAGAAAGACGCGACCCCAAGCCCCGCGCCUCCUGGAGUUCAGCGGCGAGAGGAAGACGAUGUCAGAGACGCAGGCUCCAGCUGCCGAGUCUGAGCGGCCGCCACCUGCCGCAGAGUCCACACCACCAGCCUCGCCAAUCAAAAAGGAGGCGGAGCCUGAGGAGCUGCAGCCUGAGACGGCAGAGCCGGAGGCGGAGGCGGAGCCGGAGGCAGAGGCGGAGGAGGAGGAGGAGAAAGCUGCAGCUGUGGAUCCGAGCACGCAGCUCACUGACAAAUCAGACGAGGAGCAGGAGGCGUCGGCCAUGGAGGUGGAGUAGAGCGAAUGCUGCAACAGCGUGACGUUUCACUUCACAGCGACUUUAAUGCAUUUCAGCACAAAUGACAUCUAGCGCUUCAUGACGCCGUGUGUGUGUGUGUG